AUGCAUCGGGAUGCAUCGUAUGGUACCGCUCGUGCAGUCGUGAGGGACGCGAUCGACCUCUUGCGGAGAGUUGCCUUAACCUUUUGGAUUUUUUCUUACUCGUUUCAGCCCGCUGCCUGCCCGGAUGCGACGAACAGCACGGACACUGCAAUCGGCCCGACGAAUGCAUAUGCCACAACGGUUGGAAAGGAGCGUACUGCGACCAGUGCGUGAGAUAUCCAGGCUGCCUUCACGGUAGCUGUCAGAAGCCCUGGGAGUGCCUCUGCGACGAAGGCUGGGGCGGUCUGUUCUGCAACCAGGACCUCAACUAUUGCACGAAUCACAAGCCCUGCUUGAACGGCGGCACCUGCUUUAACACCUUUAACGGCCAGGGUUUGUACACCUGCUCGUGUGCGCCAGGCUUCAACGGCACUAACUGCGAGAAGCCGCUUUUGGACUGUGACUCGAAUCCCUGUCUCAACGGUGGAUCGUGCACCAUGGACCCGCCCUAUGGCAAUUCUAGCCUGAGCAAAAGCUCCGUGGAUUCCUCGUCCUCGUCGUCGUCUUCGUCGUCGUCGUUGUCCACCAAGCAACAUUAUCGUUGCACCUGUCCACCCGGUUGGCGCGGCCGACACUGCGAGAUCAGCUCGAGAUCCUGUCGAGAUUCUCCCUGCCAUCACGGAGCCAGCUGCGAGGACGACUCUCUUCACGGUUACGUGUGCCGCUGUUUGCCCGGUUACGCGGGCAACGACUGCGAAUCCCAGCUGGACCAGUGUUCGCCGAAUCCAUGCUCGAACGGCGGCACCUGUACGGAUCUCGGUAACAGCUUCCGGUGCUCUUGCCCGGCCGGUUUCACCGGCGAGCGCUGCGAGACGAACAUUGACGACUGCCAAGGCGAUCCCUGCCUGAACGGUGGGACCUGCGUGGAUCUAGUCAAUCAGUUCCGUUGCCAGUGCGUGCCGGGAUACGUUGGUCGAUUAUGCCAGGACAAAGUGGAUUAUUGCCUGACGAAACCGUGCGCGAACGGUGGCCGGUGCAUAUCGGGAACGAACGAUUAUCGGUGCGCUUGUAAGCCUGGCUUCACCGGCAAGGACUGUAGCGUGGACGUGGACGAGUGUAGAAGCGCGCCUUGUAGGAACGGUGGCACGUGUCUGAACCGAGUGAACGGGUUCCUCUGCCAAUGCCCGGACGGUUGGCACGGAGACACUUGCUCGGAAGAAGUAGGAAGUGGAACGGCCAUCCUGCCCGUGCCUUCAAACACCGCAGCUGCCGUCCCCGCUGCUGCUGUACCACCAUCUGGAGCUAGUUACUGGCCGGGCAAUCUGUCCAGGCAUGUCGCGUCCGCGUCCGCCGAGCCGAGAGACGCCGGUUUAACCACCGAGCACGUAGUGGUGAUAGCAACCCUAUCGACGGCUGUGCCGGCGUUCGUUCUAGUAGCCGCAGUGGCGGUGAUGUGCAUGAAGAGGCGGCAGAAGAGGGAACAGGCGAAGGCUGACGAAGAGGCCAGGCUGCAGAACGAACGUAACGCCGUUCACAGUAGCAUGAGCAAAAGAAGUGGCGGCGUUAUGGGCGGAGUGGGUGGCGGAGCUGGUGUCGGCUCCACCGGAAGCACCGGGGUCGUCGGUAUCGUUGGUAACGUUGGACUGCUAGGAGGCGGUGGCAGCGGGAUGAUCAGCGGCGGCGGUGGCGGCAGCGUGUGCACCCUGGGCACCGGGGAUGCUCACAUGAUCAAGAACACAUGGACGGCGAACAAGAGCGUGAACAACGCCGCGUCUGCCAGACAGGACGACCUCGACUCGUCGUUUCAAACGGACGUCACGCUGGAUAGCUCUUGCUCGGGUUACAAGCCAGAACCGGUGCUGCAGGACGGCCGAACGCGGACAACGAAACAACUGAACACGGAGGCGGCCGCUCACAGGGCCUCCCACCUCUUCCAAAAGGAGAAGGACUGUCUGGGUCUUGGUCUCGGCAUAGGCGUCGGUGUCGGCGUGAUCGAGAGUGCCAAGAGGUCGUCCGUGUUCGCCGGUAACGCGACGACGGACAGCUGUUGCGCGGCCGAGGCGGCGUUGCUCAAGAGGCCGACGACCAUCACGGAAGGGGGCAGCGGUCCACCGGGUAGCGGCGGUGGCGGUGGCGGUGGCGGCGGCGGCGGCGGUACCGAGACCGGCUGUGGAGUGUACGUUAUAGACGAUCACUAUAGGCACGACACGUCGUUGGCGGCGACGCUCGCGACAGAAGUGUAG